GUUCCGUUUUGGGGUUUUAUUUCGAUCAAGUGAAUUUCAUUCGGCUGUAUCUUUUUUGUUUCUGCUUGGAGAAGACGUUAUUUCGCACACCAAAAUGGAUAGCAAGAACUGUUGUCAUGGUCCUGGUUACCCCACCCCAUUAGAUGCCAUGAAGAAUGGACCGCGUGAGAAGUUACUGUAUACCGUGACUAUACAACCCAAUUUAGAAGAAGCUCAUGGCGACUAUUUAUCGACUGUCGAUGUUGAUCCCGAAAGUCCAACAUAUUCUCAGAUUAUCCACCGCACUUUCACAAAUCGUACUGGUAACGAACUGCACCAUUCAGGAUGGAAUGCUUGCUCCAGUUGUUACUAUGUAGAUAAGAAUGCCAAACGUGUACCUAAAAGAGAUAAGCUGGUGUUGCCGGCAUUAAAUUCGGAUUUUAUAUAUGUUCUCGAUGUGGCCUCUGACCCUCGUAAGCCAGAGAUUUGUAAGGUGAUAGACGGUAGCGUCUUAAAGAGCCACAAUGUCACAGCUCCGCACACUACGCAUUGCCUGGCUGAUGGCAACAUUAUGAUUUCCAUAAUGGGCGAUGCGGAGGGCAAUGCAACAUGCGAUUUUAUUCUAUUCGAUUCUGAGUUUAAUUGUUUGGGAACAUGGAUCAAAGGCGAUAAGAAGCCCUAUUGUGGUUAUGACUUCUGGUAUCAGCCCUACUUCGAUGUUAUGGUAUCUUCCGAAUGGGGUGCUCCAAAAAAAUUCCGAAGGGGCUGGGAUGAUGAUGAUUUAAAAGAUCUGACCCAAUAUGGAUGUCGCAUAAACUUCUUCAAAUGGUCUACCCAUACUUUAUAUCAGACAAUCGAUUUGGGCUUAGAUGGAUUCACCCCAUUGGAAGUUCGUUUCAUGCACGAUCCAAAAAGACCAGAAGGAUUUGUAGGUUGUUGUCUGAAUGCCAAGGUGUUUUAUUUUAAAAAGAAGCCGGAUAGUGAUGAAUUCACAUGCAAAAAAGUUAUAGAUGUGCCAUCAAAACUGGUGAAAUUCGGUGACAACAAACCACAACAUAUUGGAGGAAUGGUGUCGGAUAUAAUUCUAUCCUUGGACGACCGUUACUUGUACAUCAACUUGUGGCGGCAUGGUGAUCUGCGCCAAUAUGAUAUAACUGAUCCUGAGAAUCCAAAAUUGACUGGCCAAAUAUUUUUGGGUGGAGCAAUAUGCAAGGACUUGACAGCUGUGCAAGUUCUUGAAGAUAAAGAAUUGAAGGAUCGGCCAGAGCCAUGCGUAAUCAAAGGGCGGCGUUUGGAAGGUGGUCCUCAAAUGAUGCAACUAUCCUUGGAUGGCAAACGAUUGUAUGUAUCGUCAUCGCUCUUUUCGCCCUGGGACAAAAUGAUGUAUCCCAAAAUGGUUGAGAAAGGUGGUCAUAUAUGCCUAAUUGAUGUUGAUGUUGAAAACGGUGGCAUGAAACUAAAUGAGAAUUUCUUAGUGGAUUUCGGAAAAGAACCGUACGGUCCCACUCUACCACACGAAAUGCGUUACCCCGGAGGUGAUUGUACAUCCGAUAUUUGGCUUGCCAAUUAAAUUUGGCUAGCAAUAACCUUUACUGUGUAUAUUUGUAUAAUCUAAUCACAAAUACAUAUAUGGAACACAUACAUACAUGUGUAAGCGUGUGUGUACCGAAAAAAGUUUCUUUCCCAAACUAAAAUCAAA